UCCACGUCUGCUUCAGACACGCGCUGCGCGUGCUCUCACCCCGGCGCGCGACUGUCACUUCCGUGUCGGCGUGUCUCGACGUCACGCGGAGUGUGAAGCAGGAAACGCGGAUGUGUUGCGCGUAAUCUUCAUCUACAGCCGUGUUGUGGUCCAUAUGUCGAAGCCAAACUCUCACCCACGCUGAUCUGACACAUCGGGUUGGACGGAACCGGGUGAAGAAAUGCCUGCGGGUGUUUGUGGAUGCUGCGGUCCUCUCCGACCGCGCUACAAGCGGUUGGUGGACAACAUUUUCCCAGAGGACCCCAAGGAUGGACUGGUGAAAUCCGAUAUGGAAAAGUUGACGUUUUAUGCAGUCUCGGCUCCAGAGAAACUGGACCGCAUUGGCGCAUACCUCGCAGAACGUCUCAGCAGAGAUGUGGUACGACAUCGCUACGGGUAUGUGGUUAUAGCGAUGGAGGCCUUGGAUCAGCUCUUGAUGGCUUGUCAUUCUCAGAGCAUCAAGCCCUUUGUGGAAAGCUUCUUACACAUGGUGGCCAAAUUGCUGGAGUCCAGAGAGCCAGAUUUACAAGUGCUGGGCACCAAUUCAUUUGUGAAGUUUGCAAACAUUGAGGAGGACACGCCCUCUUACCACCGCAGAUACGACUUUUUCGUCUCGCAGUUCAGUGCCAUGUGUCACUCCACACAUGAGGACCCCGAAACUCGCAGCAGGAUCCGUGUGGCAGGAAUUAAGGGUCUUCAGGGUGUCGUGAGAAAGACUGUUAAUGAUGAACUUCAGGCCAUCAUCUGGGAACCUCAGCACAUGGAUAAACUCAUCCCCUCCAUGCUGUUCAACAUGCAAGAUAAUGAGGACUCGGAGAGGGCUGGUGAGGAAAAUCCAGCUGCACUGGCUGAGAGCUGCUUUCGAGAGCUGCUGGGUCGAGCUGCUUACGGCAACAUGAAUAACGCUGUGCGUCCUGUACUGGUGCAUCUAGACAACCAUGGCCUGUGGGACCCAACCGAUUUUGCCGUUCCCUGUUUCAGGAUUAUCAUGUACUCGAUACAGGCCCAGCAUUCUCACCACGUGAUCCAGCAAGUGUUGUCUCACCUUGACACCCACAGUAAGAACACUCCACGUGUGAGGGCAGGUAUCGUUCAGGUGCUGCUGGAGACGGUUGCCAUAGCAGCCAAAGGCUCUAUUGGUCCCACAGUGCUGGAGGUGUUUAACACCCUACUGAAGCAUCUCCGUAUGAGUGUGGAUUUUGAACUAGGCGACAGUUCCCGCAGGAACUCGGCGAGCAGUCAGUCCUCCGCUCGGACGAAAGAGAGCGAGGAGCGCAUUGUUCAGAAUGCCAUCAUACAAACCAUAGGUUUUUUUGGAGGAAAUCUUCCAGAUUAUCAGAGAGCAGAAGUCAUGAUGUUCAUUAUGGGGAAAGUUCCUGUGUAUGGCACGCCCUGCCACACAUUGGACACUGCCAAGAUCGGGCAACAGGGCACCAAGAGAAUCCAGGCGAUGCUCCUCAGUUCUCUCAUUAUGGUGACAUCAGGGUUUAAGUGUAAGACGAUGUGUGCUGGUUUACCCGCGGCGUUUCUGGAACCGCUGUGCUCCAUCUCUCUGAUGGAGGACAGUGAGCUUCGGCAACAUGUCCUGGAGAUCUUGCACAACAUCAUCGAUCGUCAUGAUAACCGAGCCAAACUCCGGGGCAUAAGGAUUAUCCCUAAUGUGGCUGCUCUGAAGAUCAAGAGAGAAAAAAUAUCCAAACAAGAUAUAACAUUCAUGAAGAAGCAUGGACAGCAGUUAUACAGACACAUCUAUCUGGGCUGUAAGGAGGACGAUAACGUGCAGAAAAACUUUGAGCUCCUCUUUACGGCUUUGGCUCUGAUCACUAUUGAACUGGCCAAUGAGGAGGUGGUGAUUGACCUCUUACGUCUGUCUCUCACCUUACAGGAUAUGGCCCUGACCAAUGAGGAGAGCAUGCCUAUGUUUAUUCGCUGUGGCAUCAUGGCGUUGGUCGCCGCUUAUCUCAACUUUCUCAGUCAGAUGAUUGCAAAUCCUGCUUUUUGCCAACACGUCAGUAAGGUGAUCGAGCUGAGGAAUCUAGAAGCUCCAUACCUGCUUCCUGAACACAUUUUCAGGGAGAAGUGUGGACUGCCAGACUCUCUGGAUCGUGAUGACACUGGUCUGUAUUUUCAACCAGCUGAUCUUGCAGAGGCUCUUACUACUCUACCUGGAUAUAGUGUAGAGAGACUGGCUACACCUUACAUUCCCCAGGUUACAGAUGAAGAUCGUAUGCAGCGGAGGAAGAGUUUUGUAGACACCAUUUCUCUCCAGGUUGACAUCAUUUCCAACAGCUUACCUGAUCAGUCUCAUCUUGCGGAGGAGAUUACAUUUGAGACCCUGAAGAAGGCCAUUGAUACCACAGGUCUGGAGGAACAAGAGAGAGAGAGGAGACGACAGGUGAUGGAGAAGUUUCAGAAAGCUCCGUUUGAGGAGAUAGCAGCACACUGCGAAUCCAAGGCAAACAUGCUUCACGAUCGCUUGGCUCAGAUAUUUGAACUCACCAUUCGCCCGCCUCCAAGCCCGUCGGGCACAGUGACCGUGACAUCAGGCCACGCCCAGUACCAGUCUGUGCCAGUCUACGAAAUGAAGUUUCCUGACCUUUGCGUGUACUGAAUCAUGACUAUCACACAAACUUGUGAUUCAACCACCUACUACAAACCACCAUUCUACAUCACACGUGGCGUGACCACAUACUUGAUUCUGUGUUAACCUUUUCAAAAGAUUUAAUCUUUAAUUAGAUUCCACUCACCAAGCAUAAACAUCUUCAUGAUGCAAUUCAUGUCCUGGUAUGAUUCCAGCACUUAACCCCUGCAUUUUGCACCAAUCAGCACGCAAAGCUUAAUACCAGCCAUCCAAUCAUGCACCAGCUCUUUAGUGUCAUGUGAAUUAUUAUCAUGCAUGGUUCUAGAAGGCUCAUUUGAAAAAUGUUUAAUGGAAAUGACUUCAUUAACAAUUGAGGGACCUUAAAUGCUGCCAUUAGUAUAAAUGCUGGUCAAUCUCUUUUUUUCCUCAUCGUCAUUUGCACAUUAAGCCAUCAUCAGCAGAGAGAUUAACACAUGACAGAUUUCUGCUUGCUUAAGUCUCUCCUAUGUAGAUUUUUCUGUACAAUAUAUAGUAUAGCUUAUUUUUGACAAAUCUAUAUAAUUUUAGAUGAAAUAACCGUUGUGUUCACUUUGCAUGGCUUAGUCAGUUCUUCUCAAUGUAAACCUCUGUGAGCCUUUAAUGUACAAAAUUAGCCUUUAAAGUCAAUGUUGUGGAUGUCAACGUGGACUUUAUUUUCUCAGUGAAUCACUAUUCCUCAUUUUGCCUUCACUGUGUCGAGAAACCAAAACAUCUGCUUUUUAUCACCAAAGAGCUCCGCCCACUCCCUUUCUUUAUGGCCACACACUGCCGCCAAUCAAAUCGUGAGCCAAUCAGAAAUUAAAUUUAGAUGGUGAGAAUACUGCAAUAUUUGUCUCUUUGUAUUGGGUGCAAGAGACAUAUUUAAUAAUACUUGAUUAGCUCGUAAGAUUUCUAGCAGAAUGGGAUUGGAAAACUCUGGAGAUAAAUAUAAAUAUCCGAAAAUCUGCAUUCAUCAACCAGCUGCUUGUAAAUACAGUAGAAGCACAAGGGAUUUGUGAUGUGUUUUUGCUGUACUUGAGGACAAUUUUAGACUUUUAGACAAGUUUUGUGACUGUUAGCUCAAAUACAGUAAUUUUCUGGAAAUGUUUUCAUCCGAGCUUCCUGUGGUAGAAGUGAACAAUUUCUGUUUAUCUGGUUAAAAUGCGUGUAUGAAAAGCUUUUAACAUUUGCUGUAGUACGACUGGCUUUGCUUUGUUUUGUGAACGUAAUUGGUAUUUGGAAGGGACUGCAAGUUGGGCAGAUAUGUGUGUUUUCUGCAGGUACGGCGUAUAUUUAUGGGUUGCUUAUUGUGGAUGAUGAAAUGUCUUGCAAAUCUGCGUUGUGGGAUUUGCAUGCACAGAAAGUAAAGAAUGUCUGUGAAGUAUUAAAAUGUCAAAGACGCUCAGUAGACUUAUUUUCUCUACUAAUUUACAUAAGCAAGAUAACGUGAGAUAAAGUCAGUAAUCGACAUCUGGUCGCUGUAUAUUUAUUUUCGUAAGUUGAUGCAUUUCAAUCGAGGUUGCCCUGCGAUCAUAAGUGUAAAAACUAUGUUCAAUGCUGUGAUGAAAUCAGGCAUACGUCUGUAGAAAUGUGAAAUCGCAAACUAAUGUAGAUCCAUGCAAUAUAUUUUUAUGUAAUACACAAUAAGAAUAUGAUGUUUCAUAAUGCGAGGCAUUUUAGACACAUCAUCUGUAAUGGGUCUGUAGAGGUUACUGUGUGUGCGUGUGUGUGUUUUAAAGGGAUGUCCUAAGUCAUACACAUUUUUUUGCAUGCUGGUGUUGAAUUUUUUGUUAAAAUCUUAUAUCACAGUAAAGGGAAGUCAUUCUUACUGUAAAUGCUAGUUUCAUUUCUGUAACGUUUCAAUUAUGGAGCAUUGGCAUUUAUCAUAGGGUUAAAAUCUUUGUUAUAUCUAUAACCAUUUUUUUUCUUUGUUAAUUGUUAGGAAAAUAAGGAAUAAGUUAAGUUUGCAUUUCAUUUUUGUUGGGAAUGUGUCAAUAUGGGACAGUAUGGAUGCGUGAAUGUGGUUAUGAUUGAUAUGGCAACAUCAUGGUAGAUUUUGAGUGUGUAACAUUGUGUGCAAUACAAACCAUUGAAGUGUUGCUAUAUGUUACUAUAAAAUAUUUUAGGUGUAAUUUAGCCAUAUCCAGGUUUCUUCAAAAUUGUCUGCCAUGUUAAUGUGCAAUGAGAUUUUAUGUAUGACGUAAUAGUCUUAAAUAAAGAUUUUGUAUUUAAA